CCCAAUACUUUCUCACUCCUAGAUUACGUGGCUCCUUGCCUUCUCCUUUCGCCUCUCCACCUCUUUUGCCACUUUAGAAGUGAAUGACUUUCUGGAUCCGAGCCAGCAGUAGUUGGCCAAGAAAGGGAUUGCUGGCUUAUCUCCCUGCCUGACUGAUGGUGGAGGACGUGUUCCGGUAGAGAACUGAACUUUUGCCAGUUUGAACAUAGGGGCUGUGCCAAAGAUCGAAAACACUGGUGUCAGGUUGCACUCUUUGAACAGAUGAUGAUUGGACUCUGUUCUUAGUAAACUGGCAGUUGUUGACUUUAAAUAGUGCUCGGCAGGGAGGCUCCGUGAGUCGCCUUCUUUCCUCUGGUGCAGAGAGGAGCUUGUGUUGCGAUGGAUCUUUUGGGGGGAACCACAAUCCUCUUGAUCAUCUGCCUGACCCUCUUGGUGACAUGGAAGAUGUCUGCGGCCAAGAAGAAGAACUUGCCUCCAGGCCCAACACCUCUUCCGUUCCUUGGGAACCUCCUCCAGGUGAUCUCAAGUAAUCUCCCCGAACGCCUGAGGAAGAUGAGUGACAUCUAUGGGCCCAUAUUCACGCUGUAUUUUGGCUCGGAACGGGUUGUGAUCGCCUAUGGUUAUGAACCUGUGAAGAAGGUUCUCAUCGACAACGGGGAUGACUUUCUCGACCGAGGCCGCAUGCCGUCCACAGAUAAGGCAGGCAACAACCUCGGUGUUCUCGUGUCCAAUGGGCAGCGCUGGCAGCAGAUCCGUCGAUUCUCCCUCAUGACCAUGAGGAAUUUUGGAAUGGGGAAGAAAAGCAUCGAGGAACACAUCCAGGAGGAGGCAGAGUACCUGAUGAAGGCCCUCCGAGCCACAAAAGGUCGGCCCUUCAACCCAAUCACCCUUUUCAGCAGCGCUACCUGCAACAUCAUCAGCCACAUCCUCUUUGCAGACCGGUUCGAUUAUCAAGAUGAGGACUAUAUCCGGAUGCUGAAGCUUCUCUCAGAAGCCUUUGUUCUAGACAACUCCUAUGCAGGACAGCUCUAUUACUUUAUUCCUGAGUUCAUGGACUUCUUGCCCGGUCCUCAUAAAACUUUCUUCAAAAACUGGUCCCACAUAGAGGUCUAUGUAGCUCGGAAGGUGGAGGAACACGAGAAAACUCUGGAUCCCACAAAUGUUCGGGACUUCGUAGACUCUUUCCUCCUCAAAAUGCAGCAGGAGAAGAACAAUCCCAAGACAGAAUUUACUAGAGAGAACCUCAUGGUGACCAUUGUUGACCUCUUCACGGCUGGAACAGAGACCACCAGCACCACCUUGAGAUACCUCCUCAUGGUCCUGGCGGAACACCAAGCUGUCCAAGCAAAAGUCCACGAGGAGAUUGACCGAGUGGUAGGACGAGAACGGCCGCCUGCCAUGAAGGACCGCCCCGAGAUGCCAUACACAGAAGCUGUCAUCCAUGAAGCUCAGCGAUUUCUGAAUCUUGCUCCUUUAGGACUUGCCCGCCGGACAAGAAGGGAUGUGGAACUGGAAGGUUUUACCAUCCCAAAGGGCACCUCUGUGUACUUAGUCUUGGGCUCCGCCUUGCGGGAUCCCAAGCAAUUCAAAACCCCCUACAAGUUUGACCCAGGGCAUUUCCUGGAUGAAAACGGGAACUUCAAGAAGAACGGAGCAGACAUGCCUUUUUCCGCAGGAAAGAGGAACUGCUUGGGGGAAGGACUGGCUCGGAUGGAACUCUUCCUCUACACCACCACCAUCCUGCAGACCUUCCACGUCAAGCAUCCUCCGGGAGUCACCCAAAUUGACCUCACUCCAAAAGUCAGCGGCUUCGGGAACAUGCCCCAUGAGGCCGACCUCUGCUUCUCUCCACGCUAAGCAAAGGCACCUCCUCACUUCCGGAGCCACGAACAUGCAUCGUCUUCAAAGACAUCCCUCAAAUGUUGUUCAUCCAUUUGUGUUUUUUUUUUCUAAAUCCAAAAGCGAAUGGAAGGGGGGGGGAAACUCUCCUACCGGGAAGAGAAGAAUUAAAAUGUAGUCGUCCUCUUAAGUUUCUGCCCUUGACUCUCACUUUGUGUAUGUCUGCUUGGAAAUUUGACAUGGGCUAGAAGUCCAUUUCUAAUCUUGAAAUUCGGUAAUAUUCCUGGCAUUUCUCACUUUGCUUUCCUCUGAGUUAGACAAUUGGUUGUUUUUGAGUCAUGGCCGAGGAAGGGGGGAAACCCAGAAUGAGCUGGCUGGCACCACAUGCUAUCAUCUUGGGCUUCCCUGCCAGUUGCCUACCAGUUAAGAUGGGCACCGACCUUCAAUCAGGCAGAUGUCAGCAGGUCCCUGUGCCUGUAAAAUCCCUGCCCCAUGGCAUUGCUUCCAGGAAACCUCUAUGUCUCUUGGAACCCCCAAGGGGUUCCCGAUGACAACAGAGUCAAGAACUGAAGCUGGUGGAAAGGAGAGCGAGAGCAGUGGACCAAUCCAUCCAUCCGUCCAUCCAUCCAUUGACUAAUCGAUCCAUCCAUCCAUCCAUCCGUCCAUC